AAUUCCGACAGUCCAGCCAAACAGUUAGCUCUGAUCUCUGUGCAGUCCAGAUACUGAAUUAAUUCUCACAUUACGUAUACGCCGCGUACUACUGCCAGACAGUGUUUCAUUGAUUGCCCACUAAUUGAUAAUUUCGGCUUCAAAAUGGCUGCUUCUGUACACUUUAAGUCGGCCAGAUGCCCUCAGUAAACCGCGAGGAAGUGAGCGGAGUGGCGUAUUCCUAUACGGAAGUCAGUACGUUUCAGAUAAGUGAAGGAAACACUCGAAACAUGUCUCCCGAACCCGUCAAGUCGGGUCGAAUUUUUCUGGCUGCCGUGGCAGCCAACUUAUCCGCAUUUGUGGUGGGCACCACACUUGGAUGGACCUCCCCAAUCGGACCCAAGCUCAAGGCCGAGGACACAUCAGACUCGCCGCUGAGUAGGCCCAUUACCUCCGAUGAAGAUGCCUGGAUUUCUUCCCUAAUUGCCGUCGGAGCCCUGGUGGCUCCGUUUGUGGCCGGUCCGAUGGCCGACCGCAUCGGUCGGAAGUGGGUGCUCCUGUCCAGCAGCCUCUUCUUCGUCCUGGCCUUCGGCUUAAACAUGGUGGCCUCCGAGGUGUGGAUCCUUUACCUAUCUCGACUGAUUCAAGGAUUCGGCGUCGGCUUUGUGAUGACCGUGCAGCCGAUGUAUGUGGGUGAGAUCUCCACGGACAAUGUGCGCGGUGCCACCGGAUCCCUGAUGCAGCUCUUCAUUGUGGCUGGAAUUCUGUAUGUCUAUGCCAUUGGACCGUAUGUUUCAUAUCAGGCUCUGCAGUGGUGCUGCAUUGUGGUGCCAGUGAUCUUUGACUUGGUCUUCUACCUGAUGCCCGAGAGUCCCUAUUUCUUUGCCGGAAAAGGCCGCAAGUCGGAGGCCCUGAAGUCGCUGCAGUACCUACGCGGCCAGAGUGCCGAGGGCGUGCACGACGAGAUGGCCGAGAUCCAGGCCAAUGUGGAGGAGGCGAUGGCCAACAAGGGCACUAUGAUGGACCUGUUCAAGAACGCUGGCAACCGAAGGGCCCUGUUUAUCUGCGCCGGCCUGAUCUGCUUCCAGCAGUUGUCGGGCAUCAACGUGGUGCUCUUCAACAGCCAAUCGAUAUUCGCUAGUGCCAACACUGGGUUGGAUCCGGCCAUCGCCACCAUUAUCAUCGGGUGUGUCCAGGUGGGAUCCUCGGCACUAACGCCUUUGGUGGCCGAUCGCCUGGGCAGGAAGGUGAUGCUGCUGACGUCCUCCAGCGUGAUGUCCAUCGGACUGGCGGCCCUGGGAGCAUUCUUCUAUAUGCAGCUGGUCAAAAAGGACAUCUCCAGCGUCGUUUGGAUGCCGGUUCCUGCCCUGAUCAUCUACAACAUUGUGUACUGCACGGGCUUCGGACCGCUUCCGUGGGCGGUGCUUGGCGAGAUGUUUCCGGCGAACAUCAAGUCGGCGGCCUCCUCGGUGGUGGCCAGCACCUGCUGGACCCUAGGCUUCCUGGUCACCUUCUUCUAUCCCAGCCUGGAUGCCCUGGGUUCCUACUACGCCUUCUGGCUCUUUGCCGUCUGCAUGGUGGUGGCCUUCUUCUUUGUCCUCUUCGUUGUGAUGGAAACCAAGGGCCUAAGUCUGCAGGAGAUCCAGGAUCGACUCAACGGCAAACGCAACUAGGACGUAUGUCUAAGGUCUAUAUGCAAGUAUUUUAUUGGUUAGUUUUGUAAGCCUGAACUCAAUUGUUACAUUGUUUCCUGUUAAUUUUUAAACAAAAAGUAAGUAAUAAUAAUUAUGUUACAAUUAAAAAAAUGUUUUUCACUGGUCA